CCUUCUCCACACCCCCACCCCACGACAACAAGGUUAGCCCACAGCAGCAGCAGCAUGGCCCCGCAGAGCCGCCGCCGAGGGAUCGCUCGGACAUUCAACCGUCGUCAUGCGGACACCGAGUCUGCGUCACCCCCAUAAACGAGGACGCGCGCGCACUACCAAUCCUCACGGGAUCAUCUCUUGGGAGUAUCCAUUCGACGAACACGCGUGGAUUUGAAGAACCAUGGAGGUAAACUCUGCUGAAGCUCCUACCCCGCCCGUCGCUGCUCCGCCCGCCCCGAAACCUCAACCGCCCUUAUACCUCAGCCCCGCCCACAGCCUGCUGGAGUGGCGUCGGCGGGUCAGGUCCGAGUACAUGCGCCUCCGCCAGCUGAAGCGCCUCAAGAAAGCAGAGGAGGUCAAGGCCGUGUUUGUAUCUAACCGGGUCAAGAUCGAGAAACAGACCGGCAUCCUCAAUGAGGAAUGGUCCAAACUGAGGCUCCAGUCGGUGCCCUUGUCAUGCUCAGGCCCCGGCCCGGCAGCUACUAAGAAGAUGUGUACCGUGGAGUCGGGCUUCCCGGGGUUCAAAGUUCAGGCCGUGGCCAUGAGGCCUCUGUCGACAGUGACGGGAAUUCCCUUCAUGUACUCCUGGUCGCCUUUGCAGCACAACUUUAUGGUGGAGGAUGAGACAUUCCUGCACAACAUUCCCUACAUGGGCGACGAGGUAUUGGAACAGGACGAGGCCUUCCUGGAGGAACUGAUUGACAACUACGACGGCGUCCAUGGCGACCGAGGUGCGUUUUUCUUUGUUUUGUUUUUAAGCCACCAUUCCUUGACAUCUACUCUGCUCAUAUUGCCAUAUCACCUCCCAGAGGGGGGCUUCAUGAGCGACGAGAUCUUUAAGGAACUGGUGGAGGCCUUGAGCCAGUACUCUGACCACGAGGACGAGGAGGAAGCGGCGAUGCCGACGGCAGCAACCGAAAAAAAGGAAGAUGAACGAGCGAUGAGGCGCAGCUCGAGCGAGGGCUCAGAGGAGACCAAAGCGCCGUUCAUCCGCAGGAAGAGGAGGAGCACUGUGGAGGUUCGGGACCCGUCUGGCAGCAAGAAGAUCCCCAGCGACAAGAUCUUCACCGCCAUUGCCUCCAUGUUCCCGUACAAGGGCACCACGGAAGAGCUGAAGGAAAAGUACAAGGACCUCCUGGAACCUCCCAGCCUGGUCAAGCUGCCCCCCCUCUGCACCCCCAACCUGGACGGACCCUUUGCAAAGUCGGUGCAGCGAGAGCAGUCGCUGCACUCCUUCCACACGCUCUUCUGCAGGCGAUGCUUCAAAUACGAUUGCUUCCUCCACCCUUUCCAUGCAACACCAAACGUGUACAAGAGGAAGAGCAAAGAGAUCCGAAUGGAGACAGAUCCGUGCGGCGCCGACUGCUUCCUGUUGCAGAAAGGGGCUAAAGAGUUUGUGGAUCAGAACAUGUUGCGCUUGCGGAGGUUCCGGAAGAAGCGCAGGCAGCAACAGCAGCAACAGCAGCAACAGCAGCAACAGCAGCAACAGCAGCAACAGCAACAACAGCAACAACAACAGCAACAACAGCAACAACAGCAACAACAGCAGCAGCAACAGCAGCAACAGCAGCAACAGCAGCAACAGCAGCAACAGCAGCAACAGCGGCCCGCCAGUGCGAGUUGCCCUGGACCGUCGGGCUUUGCCGAAGAGAGCAAAGAUGGGGAAAGCGAGCAUGAAACGACAUCAUCCUCAGAGGGGAAUUCGCGCUGCCAGACACCGACCAAACUACGGCCGGCCGACGACGACGCCGAGCAGCCGACGUGCUGCGCGGUUGAGUGGAGCGGCGCCGAGGAGUCGCUUUUCCGGGUGCUGCACGGCACCUACUUCAACAACUUCUGCUCCAUCGCCCGCCUCAUUGGCACUAAAAAUUGCAAGGAGGUGUACGCUUUUGCGGUGAAGGAGGCACUCAUCCAUCACGUCCCCCUGGUGGAUGGAGGCAUCUCGCCGCAGAAGAAGAAAAGGAAGCACAGGUUAUGGGCAAAGAUCCAGCUAAAAAAGGAUAACUUGUCCAAUCAGGUGUACAACUACCAGCCAUGUGACCACCCGGACCACCCAUGUGACAGCACCUGCCCGUGUGUCAUCACCCAGAAUUUCUGCGAGAAGUUUUGCCAGUGUGAGCACGAGUGCCAGAACCGCUUCCCGGGCUGCAGGUGCAAGACCCAGUGCAACACCAAGCAGUGUCCCUGCUACCUGGCCGUGAGGGAGUGCGACCCGGACCUGUGCAUGACCUGCGGCGCCGCCGACCACUGGGACAGCAAAGUGGUCUCGUGUAAGAACUGCAGCAUCCAGAGGGGCCUCAAAAAGCACCUUCUGCUGGCGCCGUCAGACGUCGCCGGGUGGGGCACUUUCAUCAAAGAGCCUGUGCAGAAGAACGAGUUCAUCUCAGAGUAUUGUGGAGAGCUCAUCUCGCAGGACGAGGCCGACCGACGAGGAAGAAUCUACGACAAAUACAUGUCCAGCUUCCUUUUCAACCUGAACAACGACUUUGUCGUCGAUGCCACCAGGAAGGGGAACAAAAUCCGCUUUGCCAAUCACUCGGUCAAUCCCAACUGUUACGCCAAAGUGGUGAUGGUGAACGGAGACCACCGCAUCGGGAUCUUUGCCAAGCGGGCCAUCAUGCAAGGAGAAGAGCUUUUCUUUGACUACAGGCGAGUGGCGUUAAAAACAACUCACAGAUAUUAUACAGCCAAGCAGACGCCCUCAAAUAUGUCGGCAUCGAGAGGGAGGUGGACAUGUCCUAGCCGCCCAGCGCAAUACACAAAUACUGCAUAUCCUGACCUUAACGUCUGCUAGCGCCUCCGCUAACGUCUCCACUAGCAACUCCGUCCCAUCCCGCCUCCCUCUGCAGCAUGGAACGUUGGCUCCGUCCUUCAAAAAUACGAGCCUCAAAAAAAAAAAGAAAAAAAAAAAAAAAAGCAGUCACUAUCUCCUCGGUGUCCCUUCCUUUCAUCCGACCAAAUGCACGAGUGUCCACGUCACGCUUGUCAACUUGAUACUAUUACAGUAAUCCGUGUCGCAAAAGGCUUUUGCUUCGUGCUCACUCCGGGCCGUACUCGUAGUGUCCGUUUAGUUCCAGCAAGCGGUAACGUGCAUGUGCUGUCUCCCGAGUAAAUAGAAACCAGUAAACGCGUUUAGUUGUCAAUAUUUUUGCUUCGCAGUGUUGUCACAUGACGCCACAAGAGGCUCAAAGUUGUGCAGUUAUGUCAAAAAUAUUAUCGUAGGCAAGAAACCGACUGACUGAAUGUAACCCGGAGAUGGCGGUGAAGAGAUCGCAGUCAUUUUUGUUAAAGGGGGCAUGUUAUGGAAAUUUGACUUUGUAAUGGCUUGUAUACAUAUAGUUGGGCCCUUUGAGUGCCUGCUCACCCAUAAAUUGUGGAAAUUAAAGUCAAGUAAAUCUUGA